CUUGGAAUUUCAGGAGGGGGAGACGGUGAAUGGGGACAAACAGCCAAGUGCACGAACGGAACCAGUGGGAGGACACAUAAAUAUCCGGAGGGCAUCCAGACCAAAGUUAGAGUCUCCAGGUCCCGCGUUUGCAAACAGACGGCUGUACCGUCAAACAGGAGGUUUUAGAAAAGGAAGAUUUGCAGUAAGAAAACAGAAACUUAACCUCACAUCCGGAUCAAAAGGAGUCACCUGAUUUACUGUAACUGGAAUAUUAUUGUGGAUUUUUAACAUGGAAACCAAAAUCACAGUUGACAAUGGGGAGAAACCGUACACAUGUUGUUUGUCGGGACGAGAGUUCAGUCAGUCAUCUUAUCUGUCAGAAUAUGAAUGCAGCCAUCUUAGGGAGAAACCAUGGGAAUGUGGGGACUGUGGGAAGGGAUUCAGUUACCCAGUUCAGUUGGAAAUUCAUCAGCGCAGUCACACUGGGGAGAGACCAUUCACCUGUACAGAGUGUGGGAAGGGAUUCUCUACCUCGUCUCACCUGCUCACACACCAACGCAUUCACACUGGGAACAGGCCGUUCACUUGCUGUGUGUGUGGGAAGGGAUUCACUCAGUCAUCCAACCUGUUAACACACCAGCGGCUUCACACUGGAGAGAGGCCAUUUUCCUGCUCUGUGUGUGGGAAGGGCUUCACCAUUUCAGCUCACUUACUGAGACACCAGCGAGUUCACACUGAUGAGAGACCUUUUAAAUGCCCGGACUGCGGCAACCACUAUAAAAGUUCUGGGGAACUGAUGUCCCAUCAACGUGUUCACACUGACGAGAGACCGUUCAGGUGCUCUCACUGUGGAGCUGGGUUCAAGCAAUCAUCUGACCUCACUGUGCAUCGACGUACUCACACGGGGGAGAGACCAUUCACCUGCUCCACGUGUGGGAAAAGAUUCAAUCAGACAUGUACCCUUCUUAGACACCAGCGAGUUCACACUGGGGAGAGACCUUUUAAUUGCACCGAGUGUGGGAAGAGAUUUGGUCGUUCCUCUACCCUACUGAGACACCAGCUAGUUCACAAGAAAUUAUAGUGACUGGACUCUACCAACACAAACAGAAAUAUGUACAUGAAGGUAUGUUCUGGCUGACAUUCACUUAUUGUGGUCAAUACUCUGGUAAAAAGCAAGUAAAAUCAGCUUGAUAUGAAACCUGGCUUGGUUACUCAUUGUAAUCUUUCUUCACAUCCAACGAAGUGGAAAUCAUAUAAAUUCUGUCACUAAGAUUGGGACCCAUUUAACACCUUCAACAUUCACUCACCACAAAUGCACAGUGUGUACCAUCUGCCGAAAUGCAUUUGCAGCAACUCACCAAAGCUCCUCAGACAACACCUUGCAAAACUGCAGCUUCUGCCACCCAGAGGGAGAACAGUAGCAGAUGCAAGUUCCUGUCCAAGCCACACAACCUGACUUGGAAAGAUAUUGACCUUUCCAUUGCUGAGUCAAAAUCCUGGAACUCUCUCCUAGAACAGCAUAGAUGUUUUACCUAUAACCCUCUGAACUACAGCAGUCGAAGCCAGUUCACUAUCACCUUUUUCUGGGCAAUUAAGGAUUGGCAAUGAUGCUGGUCUAGUCAGCAAUGCAAUAUUCUGUGAAUGAAUGAGAAACAAAGGCAGCGUUUUUUUCAUAUCUGAAACCAAUUGCAGGAUCCAGCUCUGGAAACCUGCCACUGAAUUUCCUUUUUCCUAACACUGAUAUUCCCAUAAAUUCUUCCUGAAUCAAACUAACACAUGUUGAAAUGUUUGCUCUGUACACUGAUUAAAUAAAUCGCAAUUGUUUCUGAAAGUUACAACAAAGUCUGCUUCUACCAUUCGCUAAGUCAUAACUUGGUCAGUAAAAUAAUCCCUUAUCUUUA